UUUUCCUUCCUCAUGCCAUCGAUAGAUGUCAAAAUUUUUGUCCAUACUUAUUCAAAAAACAUCUGGUCAUCAGCAGACGAAGCAUCUAUUAGCAAUAAUGUCUAAAAGAAAUAGUUACCGUAGAACACCUAAUUUUAAACCUGAAGUAAAAGUAGUCAAAAAUCGUUCAGGAUUUCCAGCUAGUACAGUCAAUCGUAAGGAGAAAGUUGAAGUUUUACCUGAACCUAUCAAAUCUGCUUCUGAUAAAAAGCUGUACAAAACAAUACGAUUGAAAAAUGGUUUAACAGCCCUUCUUAUCUCCGACCCGAGUAGACCUGUUGGUAAUGAAGAAAAACAAAGCUCUAGUGAAGAAGAAAGUAGUAGUGCAGAAGAAAGUUCAAAUCCAGAAAGUGAUGGUGGCCAUUCAGUUCAGUCAGCUGCCAGUGACCACCACGGGACACAUAGACGAAAUGAGUUUGAUGAAGAAAAACUGGCGGCUUGCGCACUGUGCGUGGGUGUGGGCAGCUACAGCGAUCCCCCGGACAUCCAGGGUCUGGCGCAUUUCGUCGAGCACAUGGUUUUCAUGGGCAGCCAGAGAUAUCCCAAGGAGAACGAAUUUGAUUCCUUUAUAAAGAAAAAAGGCGGUUCCGACAACGCGUCGACUGAUUGCGAGCUGACGACGUUUUACUUCGAGAUCCAAGAGAAGUAUUUACCUCAAGCCAUGGAUAUGUUCAGCCAGUUCUUCGUCAGCCCGCUCAUGAUGAAAGAAGCCAUGCAGAGAGAACGCGAGGCUAUAGAGUCAGAGUUCGCAAUCGCGUCACCAUCUGACUCGAACCGUAAAGACCAGUUGUUAGCGAGCCUUUUCCCUGAGGGUCAUCCAGCUCGCACGUUCACUUGGGGCAACCUACGCAGUCUCAAAGAUGAGCUGAAUGAUGACGAGAAACUGCAUCGAGCAGCCCACGAGUUCAGGAAACGGCAUUAUAGUGCACAUCGUAUGACUGUCGCUGUACAGGCUCGUAUGGAGUUAUCAGAGUUGGAGCAGUACGUGGUGAAUACGUUCGGUGAGGUAGAGAACAACGGUCUGCCCCCCACCGACUUUACCCCACACGCCUUCUCCCCUGCAUCAGUCACACCGCAUUUCCGCAGUCUUUACUACGUGAAGCCUGUCAGCGAUACUACUGAGGUAACAUUAACUUGGUGCAUGCGUUCACUUCUAUCAGAGUAUGAAUCCAAACCGCACCAAUAUAUAUCAUACUUAUUAGGACAUGAAGGCAAAGGCAGCUUACUAUCUUACUUAAGGAAAAAAGUAUGGGCGCUUGGUAUUUACACGGGUAACUCUGAAAGCGGUAUUGACUACACGUCUAUGUAUAGUUUGUUCUCCACUCAAGUGGUGCUCACCAAAGAUGGACUAGAUCAUAUAGACGAAGUUUUGGAAGCAAUAUUUUCAUAUAUAAAUAUGUUGAGAGAAAUUGGUCCUUCGGAACGGAUAUACAAUGAAAUUAAGACAAUAGAAGAAACGAGUUUCCGUUUCGAGGAGGAAUCCCAGCCUUCAGACUACGUGGAGUCGCUGGCGGAGAACAUGCACUUCUUCCCGCCGGAACAUUACAUUACUGGGGACAGACUGUAUUAUAAAUACGAUCCUAAAGGUAUAACAGAGUUGUUAGACUGCAUGAGAGCAGAUACUGUUAAUAUAAUGAUAUUAUCCAAUAAGUACACAUCGCCUGUGCACUAUGAUAUGACGGAGAAAUGGUUCGGUACUGAAUAUAAACGACAAGAAAUACCACAUAUGUGGUUAGAAAGAUGGCUAAGUGUAAAGCCUUAUACGAAUUUCCAUUUACCAGCGGAUAAUAUAUAUUUGACAACGAACUUCGAUCUAAUAGCGCCCGCUCCCGCUUACAUCGAAGCGGCUAAUGAAAUUGGGGUAGAUUUGAUGACCAAUUCUGUGAAAGAUGUUCAUAAGAAAGUAACAGCGGCCCCAAAGACGAAGAAAGUGUUGAAACAUGGCGAUUUGAUCGCUACUGUUAACAACUUUAGGUUGGAUCAACCGAAUCUACUUCGUAAGAAUAGACAUAUGGAACUCUGGUACAAACCUGACUUCAAGUUCCGCUUCCCAACAGCUUUGUUAUACUUCUAUUUUAUCACACCGCUCAGUCUGAAGACGCCAAGAGAAGCUUGUCUACUUGAUCUAUGGACGGAUGUAUUACAACAAGAUUUGAAGGAAGAAGUGUAUCCAGCCAAUAUGGCGGACUUAUCUCACUCUCUUUACGUGUCUGACAAGGGACUGACAUUGAAAGUUAACGGAUACAGUCAAAAUCUACACUUGCUCGUGGAAUUAAUAACUCGUGAGAUGCGGUCAUCGAGCAGUUCUCUAACGCCGGCCAUGUUCGAGGCGGUGCGGGAGGUGCGCGCGCGCAACUACCACAACGUACUCAUCAAGCCGCACAAACUAUCCAAAGAUCUCCGUAUGGAUGUAUUACUGGAUCCAUACAUAUCUCCUCGCGACAAGGCGGCCGUAGUUUACAACAUCACAAUAGAAGACUUACACGACUUCAGCAGGAGGUUGCUCAGCAAAAUGUACUUGCAAGUGUUAGUGCAGGGUAAUAUAGCGUGGCAUUCGGCCAUCAAAAUAUCGGAAAACGCAUUGAAGAAUAUACAGUGGGAGGCCCUCGACGAGACUGAAUUCCCAGAGCUCCGAGUACACCAGCUGCCGUUGGGCGAGCGCAAGCUGCGCGUGCUGAGUCUCAACCCCACUUCUACCAACAGCAUCGUCACCAACUACUACCAGGCGGAGAUCACCACGCCAAAGGAUACAGCUAUAUUAGAAUUGCUGAUGAUGCUGAUGGAGGAGCCGGUGUUCGACGCGCUGCGCACCAAGGAGCAGCUCGGCUACAGCGUGUUCAGCAUGAUGCGGUAUACCUUCGGUGUGCUCGGCUUCUCCGUCACCGUCAACACGCAGGUUGACAAGUUCAGUGUACAGCAUGUGGACGGUCGCGUGGAGGCAUUCCUGCGUAAGUUCUCACGAGACAUGCGUCGGCUGAACGAGCGCGCGCUCGCAACAACACGCACCGCACUCGUACAGCUCAAACACACCAUAGACUACGAGCUCAAGGAGGAGGUGGAGAGAAACUGGCGCGAGAUCGUGAGCAUGGAAUAUAAAUUCCAAAGGCUAUUUUCAGAGGCUGAUGCGAUAGAGAAGAUAAGAGUGGGAGACAUCAAGAGCUGGGUAGAUGACCACUUCCCCACCGGCAACAAGUCACAUUUCAGGAAACUAUCCGUACAGGUAAUGGGACAUGUGUCGAAGAAGGAUAGCAACACAACGGAAGUAGAUCUCAAGAAUUACGACCUAACAUAUCUAGAUGCUAACAAUCCGAUCGGAGAUUCAACAGAAAAUGCUCCAGAUUUCAUCAAAGAUAUUAGAGAAUUUAAAAAGGAUUUGCCGUUUAUUGACGUACCUCAAGUACAGUUAGCUCAGUGCUAAUUUGAACCUUAUACUUUAGUAUUAAACUACAUUUUUGUUUGACAGCAUCGAAAUUACAGAAUAUAUCUUAUAACGUCAUAAUUGUUUAUGGAAAUAUAGAGUAAAAUGACAAGAAAAAUUGUCUUUGAUCA